UAUGGCUUUGUCAACAACAUAUCAUUUUCUGGUCGAUUUAAUUUCCUGUUACACGGUGGUAACGAUCAUCACCGGGACGUUAAAAGUCCAGUGGCGCUGAAUAUACAAGGCCCGAACAAGUAGGCAAAACCAUGGCUAUUUCCCAAAAGUUCUGAUACUGCUCAAGAAUCUAACGCUAAUUUAGCUAGUUUAGCUUAGAGUGCAGCAGAUAGAUGCUAGCCUAGCUUCAAAACGUAAAGAGCAGUGGUAGCCUACAUCUACCAUGAAAAUGUUUUCGGUUUUUACCCAAAUCUCAGCGUUGGCCGUCGCUUAUUGUCAACUGUGCCCGUAACUGUGGCAUCUGGUGAGAGUUUUUCGCGACUCAAAUUUACGAACAACAAUCUGCGAUCCACAAUGUCACACGAUCGUCUGAAGGGACUGGCCAAAAAUGCAGCUGAGCACCAAGAUAAAUUACUCCCAACAUAACUGUGGAGUUCGCUGUUAAAGCAACAAUGGUCUUCAUUUAAAUGGGCAGAAAGCUAGGAAGAAAGACAUGGAGGAAUGAAAAAAAGGGACUGAAGCUGAAAGAGAUUAGCAGGCAGGGUCAGAGGUGACGAAAAUCAUGGAAAAUGGAGGGAAAUAAAAGAGAGGGAUGAGGAGGAAGAGAGCUCUGACUUGCACACGCUAUUGCGGGGAGCUCCAGCUUGUCGAACUGUCAGUUGACGGGGCUUUUUUUUCAUAGCCGUUUCGCUAUGGCAACCAUUCAUUGGCACAACAGCAGCUGGAGCCUCUCGCACUGGGGAGACGGAGGGAGGGAACGAGGGAUCAGGAGAAGGACAUCCGGCACAGAGGACUCGGUGCGGAUGAUGCCAUAGUCGGGCUGAUAUUGCAGACCCCUAUGAAGCAGGCCAGGUCCCUGAUUGGUGAUGCAGGCGUUUACUUCUCCAAUGCAUUCACGGUGACGGCCCUGUGCUGCCCCAGUCGGAGCAGUAUCCUUACGGGCAGGUACCCCCACAACCACCAGGUGCACAACAACUCCCUGACGGGCAACUGCAGCAGUCCGGCCUGGCAGAAGGGUCCGGAAAGCCUGGCCUUCCCCGUCUACCUCAACAAGCAGUACUACCAGACCUUCUACGGGGGGAAGUACCUCAACCAGUACGGGCUGAAAGAAGCGGGGGACGUGGGAUACAUCCCUCCGGGGUGGGACCAGUGGCAUGCUCUGGUGGGGAACUCCAAGUACUACAACUACAGCCUGUCAGUGAACGGGCAGGAAGAGAAGCACGGGGACCACUACGAUGAGGACUACCUGACUGACCUCAUCGCGAACAGGUCCCUGGAGUUCCUGGAUAAACGGAGCCCCCAGCGCCCCUUCUUCAUGAUGCUGUCCCCCCCCGCGCCCCACUCGCCCUGGACGGCUGCGCCCCAGUACCAGGGGGCCUUCAGCGGCACCAAGGCGCCCCGUGACGGCAGCUUCAACAAGCCGGGAAAGGAUAAACACUGGCUUCUUCGCCAGGCCCUCAACCCCAUGUCUGACACUUCGAUCGCGUUCCUGGACGACGCGUUUCGCAAGAGGUGGCAGACACUGCUAUCUGUCGACGACAUGGUGGAGAAGGUGGUGAAGAAGCUGGAGGACCUGCAGCUCCUGAACAACACCUACAUUUUCUACACCUCUGACCAUGGCUUCCACUCUGGCCAGUUCUCUCUGCCCAUUGACAAGCGGCAGCUGUACGAGUUUGACAUUCGGGUCCCGCUGAUGGUGCGGGGCCCCGGGAUCAAGCCCAACCAGACCGUAAAGGCCCCUGUACUGAACAUCGACCUGGGCCCCACCUUCCUGGACAUCGCUGGAGUCAACCUGUCCACGGUGAACAUGGAUGGACAGUCUUUCCUGUCCCAGAUGGCUCCUUCUCUGCGCAAUGGCUCGGCUCGCCCCUAUUUCCUGGUGGAGCACACAGGGGAGGGCCACACUAAGCCGGACCCCGCCUGUCCCAAACUGGGCCCCGGCCUCUCUCACUGCUUCCCGGAUUGUGUCUGUGAAGACGCUUGCAACAACACGUAUGCCUGCGUUCGCACGCUCGCUGCCGAAAACCUGCAGUACUGCGAGUUUGCAGACAGCGAGUCAUUCGUCGAGGUCUACAACUUGACCUCUGACCCCCACCAGCUGGAGAACAUCGUGAAGAAGGUUGACCCCGCCCUCCUGCAGACCAUGAACCUUCGGCUGAUCAAGCUUCAGUCCUGUGAGGGCGUCACCUGUCGGGACACCAAACACUGACCCGUCCGGACCGGGGGGCCUGGACAGCACAUUCUGGGAUGGUAUCUUGGCGGGAAAGGAGGACAAGAUCUGUCACUCUGUGAUAUGUGUGGUGAAGUUUGAAAUAUUUGUUUGAGGGGGAGUAGCUUGCGUUUAUGGUAAAGAUUUAUGGUCAAAACGAUAACAGUUUUUUGUUAUCGCCAUGUCACCUGUCGUUGAAAACCGGUUGUCUGGAGAGAAAGCCUUAACUGUGGAUUUUAUCUCUCAGAAUAUUGAGCACUUUUAAUGGGACUGAACACUUUUCAUUGACUUGGACUUUUUAAAAUGUAAAUCCAGUUUUAACCUCUCCGUGUGUCAAUAGGCUUCUUGACCUUCAGUGACUGUUUAAGAUAUGAAGAAUAGUUGUUUAUGAUUGAUUUAAUCAGGUUAUCAGGGACGUUUAUCAAAGCACAACUUACUAAUUCAUAACUUUAGCCCCUUUUUAAGAGUCGUGUUUAAUAUGUGUCCAUCACUGUCCAAACCGAGAUCUAGCUGCUUACAGUCUGAGGGGCUUAAAAUGAUGAAGAAAAUGUUUUUGUAUUUUUUUAAAAUAUUAUCUUUAAGUGCCUUAAUGGGAAAUAUACAAAUACAAUUCAUACUAAUACUAUUCAUGUGCCUGGUACUGCUGCUUAAUUUUCGUUUACACUGGUACAGAUUUGUUCAUCUGUUUACUUGUAUUUUGAAAGACAAAUAAAAUUUGUCAAAAGGAG